AUGGAGAUGAAUGAAUUGAACAAAGCACAAGCCUACGUUCUAAAAACUGUGAAGAGGCUUCUCCAUAUACAGAGGAUUCACAAGGAAUAUUUAAGGACACAGAGCACCAAAAAUGUAGACAAGCGGCAUGAGAAAGAGUUCUUUCAAGUGGUUCAAGAACCAUAUGAUGCCAUAUGUUUUGGCUUCAAGCGAGAGCAAGUAUAUUAUGUGAAUGAUACUCAAGAUCCAAAAUGGUAUGUCGUGGUAAAUACUAAACCUCGUGAUUAUUUUGACACUCCUCCCACUGAUGAAGAAGAUGCCACUACUAAAUCAAGUAAAUCCAGUCCUGAAGCUUGCCAAGAAAAUGAAGUAAUAACUGUGCCGAAUCCAAAUACAAUAGAAGAUGAUGACACAAGUAUAUUGGACACACCUCAAGUUGAAGCGGAAGCUGAAGGUAUGCCUGUGGCUGUGGAAGGUAAUCCGAUACUCCAUUACGAGGGUGACGUUCAGGAUGAAGAUGAGCAACAAGAAUCUGAAAGUGAUGACAGCGAAGGUGGUGAGUACAUGGAUUCAGAUGACGAAGACAGUGAAUCGGAAGAAUAA